AAAAAGUGUUGUUAUUACGGUGGACAGUGGAUUUUUAUGUGUUUUAUUUUAUUUUAUUUCUAACUGUUUGAACACUAAUUGUAAUCUUUUACGGAAGUACAUAUAAUUCGGUUAACUACAAGCUCCAACCUUGUUUUGUGUGUUAGGAAGAGAAAUGGACAAUAAAAACAUCAUAUUUGCAUACGAACCACUGAAUAUUUUAGGUAAAUAAUGUGAAUUCAAAAUAGGCUACUGCCCGAAGUUUUAUGCUAAUACAGUCUAAAAUGUAACCUGCGAUUAAAGUCGGUCAAUUCACGAACCGGAGAAUACAAAAAUCUUCAUUGAAUUGAGUGAAAAUCCAGUUUUCUAUAUAAAAAGUGAAAGCUAUUUCGUAGACAAUGGAUGACGAUAUAGACAUUGAGGAGCACGAUGUGCUGGACAAUCCCCGCAUAAAGAACAUAUUUCCCGACAUCAAAAUUUUAAAGGCAGAAGUUGAAGAUAUUAAGGAAGAAGACACCUCAAUGGACCUAGAAGAAAAUUAUCAUGCUUACAAUAUAGCCCCAAUUGUUUUCGAAGAGGACAUCAAAUUCAAAACUUUCAACAACAGAAUCAUUAUAGGAUCCAAACCCAGUACAUCUGCGUUUAGAAACGAAGAGACAUAUUCCCAAAAGACUGAUUACGGAGAUACUGAUUUUCAUGAUACCGAUUACCAAGAAACAUGUUCCCAGAAGAGUUUUAACCAAGACGCUUCAGAAGGGGUAAGUGUCCGAGAGACGAACAUCCUACAGUCAUUAUUAGAGCAGACACAGUUCCAAAACAAAAUAAUACUUGGUAGCAAAUCUCAUACAACGGAGAUCACCAACGAAAAAAGUGGAUACAGAGAAAAUGUAAUUCUAGAUGUUUCUGUAGUAUUAGAGGACUGUAAAAUGUUUCUGGAAAGCAACCCAUGUUUUUGCGACGAAUGCCAGAUACUUUUCCCCACCGACAACGAUUUCGAUGCUCACAACAUGACCGCGCACUCCUUCUUGGUCGCAGUCAGUAAGAAUAAAGCUGUUAAAAGUACAGCGAAACAUUCUAUACACGAGAAUGACAUAGACUAUAAGAAUCUUUUAUGUAGCCAUUGCAAUGUUGUGUUCCCGAAUACAAUAGCUUUAUUGAGGCACACGUACGAACUGUUGCCGGGUAAAUUCGUAUGCGAUAAAUGCGAUAUAGUUUUCGAGAACAAUGCGGCGUUUAAGUUGCACAAAGCACAGCACUACGCGGACGGUUCGAAAUCAACAAAUGCUCUAGCUCGGCCGGAUAGGUACGUUGUGUGCACAAUAUGCACGUGUCACUUCAAAUGGAUGGCCAAACUACGGAUCCACAUGCAAAUGAUUCAUAGCUCGAAGAACGAGGUGAGCGACGUCCAGUUCAAGCAUUCAGACUUGAAAUGCCGUAUAUGUAACGCAAGAUUGAGUAGUAGCCAAAAAUAUAACAAACAUAUCAAAGCGUGCCAUUUGGAAUAUUACCGAGAGGAAGACUGUGAUGUUGAGACAAUAUCCAAAUUCAAAUGCCCACAAUGCAGUAUGUGCUUCUCGUCAGAUUAUUCGGUUAGAAUACAUUUGGCUGCUAAGCAUGGCCAGGUGGGGACCGGGGAAGAUUCCAAACAUUUGGGUUUCUGUAAAAAAGAACCCGUUUUGUCCAAAGAACUAACUAAAAUAUCUAUUUCACGGGAUAGCGAGACCUAUCCGCUACCGAAAUCGACUUUAUUCAGAUGCAAUCAGUGCCACGUACAUUUUAUUUCGUGUACAUCAGCUGUUCUACAUUCAAGAAUGUGUAUUUCAAAAAGGGGUGAUUUCAAAUGUCGGCAUUGCGCGCGCACUUUCAAAUUUCAAGAUAGAAUUUACCAUUAUUAUCAACAUAAUGUUACCGAGAAAUUUAAUGUCAUAGAAGUCACUAAGAAUAUAUUAGACAGAAUAUUGUGUAAAUGCAAAACGUGUAAAAAUUGCUUCGACGAAAAAAGUUUUAUGACCCACCACACAGAUGUAUGCAAAGCUGAGACGCCCGCAAUUCAUUGUACGGAGUGCAAUUUAUGGAUUCACUCAAAAGCGAUGGAUGUUCAUAAGAAAAUUCAUGCCACUGGGGUCACCGCGAGAGACUUUAUAAUAAUAUAUUAUGUGCAAGCUAAAUUACCUAUAAAUUUGCACAAAGAUAGUGACUGCGAAGACAACUUUCAAAUAGGUACAAGUAAAUAUCAAUUGAAAAAUACUAAAGUUAGUUCAGUUAAAUUCAACGCGAGUAAAUUAGCGAAAAGUAAAGGUUACACUAAGUAUAAUGAAUUGGCACAUUUCUACUGUCCAACUUGCAAAUGUUACAUGAAAAUCAACAAGAUCUCAGACAAGCACUACGUAGGCCAGUGCAACACCACCCGACCUACUUCAACGUGCAAAUCUUGCGGUUUGCGCUUCACCAAGAAAACUCUCCAGCGGCACAGUAAACUUCACAAGAAAUUCCCAAAACUGAAACUCAAAGAACUAAAAUUCACCAACAUACAAACAAAGAAGAGGAUAAAUCCGCCUUAUCCGAUAUUCAAAAAAUGCAAACUCUGCGAAGUGAACUUUUUCAGUGUACUAGCAUUGAAAAACCAUUCGUGCAAUGCGGAGGAGCCGAAAAUUUGUGCGUUCUGCAACAAAAAAUUCAGCGAUCUAGCCUACAAUUUACACAUACAGUUCCACGAAUACCCGACUAAAAAUAAAAUGAAUCGAAAAAAUGAUAGUGAAAUGAAUGAUGUAAUGGCUGAAAAUCAUAUAAAUGAUAAAAUGGCUGAAAAUGAAAACAUACCCGAGCUAAUCAAAAAGUAUCGCUCCCUCGAACAAGUAUGGAAUAUAUUGUUCUUAUGUAAAGCAUGUGAUAUAGUUAUUGAUACAUACGAUAAAGUGGUUGAGCAUUGUCAAGACCAUUUCUGCAACAUGCAGAGCUAUAACAUCACGAUAAAACAUUGCAACAUUUGCGAUCUUAACUUCGUGGAGGAGUGUUACAAAAAGCAUCAAGAACUACAUCUAAGCGACGAUUUCGACAAGGAUUCCUUUAAAAUACUCAAAUAUAAAUAUGAGAAUUUACUAUCGGAUGAUUGGUCGGAAAUAUUUGCUAGUUUAACAAAAGAGCAAAUAGAUUUAAUACUAUCCAAGAGUAUGUAUAAAUUCACUAGAUGUGUCAGAAUGAAGGCAGUCUCAAAUGGACCAUAUAAUUUGACGUUGUAUCGAUGUGGCAAAUGUAAUGUGAUAAUCGCACCGAACAGGGUAGCGAAGCAUUCGCAAAACAAUAGAUGCGAGGGCGCUAGAAAAUUUACUUGCUCAGUUUGCAAGUUACGAUUUGCAUAUAAGUCACAAAAAAUCAUUCAUGAAAGCUUGCAUGAGUUUAAAAAGCUAAACGUUAAGUCAUUCAGAAUAAUUGAGUUUCAUGCAGAUAAUCAAUUCAGUGUUACUGAGCUCAAACACAAUGAAAUUGCUGAGUUAAAUGUGGGUGAGGGUAAACAGAAAAAGAAACCCGACGGACUGAAGUUCAUCAGAUGCCAGCAUUGCGGCAAACUGAUAAACAAACAUAGAUACAAAUCCCAUAUCCAAUAUCACCACUACUAUGAUAAAACUAAAGCUAAUAAAAAAAUUGUCUACAAUUUUUACAAAUGCAAACAGUGUAACCUUUGCGUUGGUAAAAAUACUGUACAGAGGCACAUCUGUGAAAAUUAUUACAGCAAAAAGAAAUGUCCGAAAUGCCCUCUAUUUUUCAGGAGUCAAAACUUGGCCUCUCACUACAAAUAUCACGAGAAAUUCAGCAGAAAUAGCAUGAACAUAAUAUAUUUCGAAAAUGGUGUGAUACUAAAAAAGGCAAAUAAAAACCCCAUGGUUGCAAACAAGUUUUAUAACAAAGGGCUGACCAAUAAUAAGUCAAUAGGAAAAGCAUUUGUUGGAACCAACAAAUUCCAAAACAAAAUAUUGACUUACUACCAAUGUUCAAAAUGUACUAUGUGCAUAUGGCAUGAAGCGAAUAUAAAUAGACAUGCCUGUUCAUCAGAACCCAGCAGAAUUACUUGCGAAAAGUGUGGUAUAACAUGUCUCUCUUCAAGAAAACAAGCGCACGACAAAAUGCACUCGAUCAGAAAUUUUAACCGCAAAAACAUUAAGUUGAUCCAAUUUAGCGAUAAAAAAAUAAUCAAUAACGUAGCUACUAAUUGCAUUGCGCAAAAACGUAAACCACAGUCAACAAAUGAAAAAGUUGCUAAAAAACCUCGAAUCGAUAGAACGUUUAAUAAAUAUAAAACAAAUAGUGAAGCUUCAGUACCAGAGUUUAAAGGAUCCAUUGCCAAGAAACCAAGAAUAAGCAUAGAUGAUGAUCGACUCACGACUUGCGACUUUGAGGAUGAAACCAAAGAUGUGAGUGUAGAACAGUCGAUGAGAGACUCGCGGUGUCCACUACAUAAUAUAUAUUACAAAUGUAAUAUUUGUAAAAUAUUAUUUGUAACCGGCACUGGUCUGGUUGAACAUGCAAACGUAUGCGAACAAAAUAGAGACUUCCAAAAAUGCAAUUCCUGUGGAUUCGCAUUUCACACGUCUGAGAUAGAACUGCAUUACAAAACACAGAAUUGUUCAAAUGACAUGGAAGUCGUAUAUCUACUUACGUUACGGCAAACAGGAAAAUUAUAUAAAAGGGGAAAUAAUUGGAUUUAUUUAUGUAAGAAAUGCGAUUUGUAUUACAUGACCUACAGUAGUAUCAAUUACCAUUUUAAGAGGAAUCACGAAACCAAAUGUGCCAUUAGAAGUUGUGAAAUGUGUAAUAUAAACUUUACCACCAUAACUCAUACUAAGCAUUUAAAAACACACCAUGGCAAGAAAGAAACUUUAAUUUCUGAUCUGAGUAUAGCAGAAAUAGCAGAUAUACCUAUGGAAGUAGCUCUACAAGAUCUACCAGGUGACAAUAAUGAUGCUACAUCAAACACUGAGGAGAAAACUCAAGUUAGUGAUUGUGAUAUGAAAAGUGAUGAAAAUGUUGCAAAUGCGAUUGAAUGCAGCAGUAAUGCCGAAACAAGUGCCCACAGAACUACCCUUGUCCGUAAAUCUGGUAUUUAUCAAUGCGAGAAGUGUGGACUUAAUUUUGUGCAUCCCAAGAGUUUGGUACGUCAUAAAAUGUAUAAUAAACACGACGAAGUGCAUUAUGCUUGUGAAAUAUGUGACCUCCGUUUCACUAGAAUGUCCCUUAAAAAGCACAUCGCUAUUCACCACGUGAAAGAAGCGAAAAAGAAAGUAACAAACAGUAAGACAGAUUUUAAUGACAGUGUAGUUGAAAGCAUUCAUAAAAUGUUCUAUGAUCACAAACCGAACUCCAAAACCGACUCUUCAGCUCAUAAAUAUCACACUGUUAAUAAUUAUGAAAAUAUAAGUGGAGUAUCAAAUCCAGAUAAUCAAUCGCUAGAGCCUGUAUCUAGCAAUUUCGAAGCAAAUUCUAAUAAAGUCGAAAUAACUAAAAAACUAUCAAAAUCAGUCGAUAUUUUUGCAAAUGAAACAAUUAAUAAUAAACCUACCUUUACAGAAGAAACUAAUAGAAGUGGCAAAUCUACACCUAAUAAUAAACCUAACAAUUUAGGAGAAGCUAAUAAACUAGAAAAUAAACCUAACACGGCUAAAAAUGAAAGCGAUACAUCGCUUAAUAAAAACAAACUUUUCAAAUGUAGCAUUUGCGACGUUUAUUUCCUUACGGCCAACGAUUGCUAUGAACACACGGUGUCGCAUACGCAGUUAGAUACAACAGAAUAUAUCGCUUGUAAAAUAUGCGAUCUCCAGUUUUGCUGUGAAUUCCUAGGACGACAUAUGAAGAGCCAUCGUGAGGAAACGUUUAGUGUCGACGAUCUUAUAGUCGUCGAAUAUACCCCCAAUGAUAUAGGGGGCGUUAAAACUGAUACGUUUCUAGCUAUGGAUAGACUAAAAACUAAAUUAGUAUCCACUACAACACAUUUCGAUACCGAUGAUGAUAAAAGCGCUUGCGUAGAUUCUACAACGAGUGCUAGAAGCUAGCUAGUUAAACUCUAGUUUUUCAUGAUUAGCCUAUAACAGCGGAGGGGUGGUGACAUCUGUAUUCUGAAAAAAAAAACCGUCUAAACGUAAGUCUAUUGCCAAUAAAGAUUACCUGAUUCGUAAUCAAUAUUUUUAUUGCUGGAACAGUUUUCCGUUGCAAGUAUGUAAAUGCAAGUAUGUAAAUUGUAUCCGUCCACAUCAUGCACUGACUACAAUAUAACGUGUUCGUGUUGCGGGGCUAUAUUUUUUAACUUUCUUUGAACUGCGAUCUGUAAAAAUCGUAAUCAAAUCCAAUGGUUUUAUUUUCAUUGCAUAGAAAUUACUGUCACUUGUUAGUUUACGUCCGUUUUUUAUGUUCAAUCUAUCUGUAAUCUGUCGAUAAGCCAAGUUAAUUGUUAAAAUGUCGAGUGCCAGAAGAAAAAUAAAGGUAUUAUGUCAGUUGAAAAUGACGUAAUCUAAAUAUUAGAAUUACGAAUUUAGAAUCUAAGCUUUUUUUUUUCUUUUCUCUUCUGGCUUUAAUCUAAGCUUUAUUCGUAGGCAGUUAAGUUUUUUUUUUUUUUUUUCAUUUAUGGUAGACUCCAGCUUCUGUAAAUUAUACUUUCAUAAAGAUAUAUUAUUUAGAAAGCCAUUACCGCUUACAGAACCGUGAUAGGUAGUCUGGCUAUUUUUUUGUACGCAUUUCCCCGAAUAGUGACGUAACAAAAUAAAAUAGAAAGUAGCGAAAUUUUGCAAUUUUGAACCUUAUGACAAGAGUCAUAAAAAUGUUUUGGUUAGUAAAUUGUAUGGAUAUUUUUUGACACUAAUAACAAAAGUAGCCGAUUAAUAAAUCUAUAGAUUACGGAUAAAUUAAAUAUAAAAAAUGGAUAUUAAUGUGAGUAUGUAUGUUACCUUCACAGUAAAGUUAGCGUAGUUCAUUGAGGACCAAACAUCAGAUUCACUUUCCUUACAAAAUUAGUAUUAUCUUAAAAUGACUUCAUUUAACGUAUCUUAACGAUUCUACUGAGGGAUUAUAAUUCUGAAACCAAACUUCAAAAAUGUUAUAACAAUACUGCUUUAAGCGAUGGUGAGGCAUAUUGUGGAGUUCAAUUAUUGUGUCAAAGUUUUUUUUAAGAUAACACAAUGUAAAUAUUAUAGUGUGACACUAAAUAAGAUUUAGUAUAGUUAUGUUUAGUGUGAAUUAUUUAAGAUGCUGAAGCGUAUGCUUUUAUUUUUUUUAUUUUUGUAAUAGUUAGUUUUUAAGAUACCUACCAGUUUUUAGUAGUUUCUAUUUUGUUUUUGUACCAUUUUUGGACGACUGACUAAAAAAAUGUUUUCUUUAUUCAACCAUAACUUCUAAAUGCCUGGACAGAUUUGAAUGUACUAAUUUUGUAUGUAAAACUAUUGAUAGAAUCGUAAUAAUUCAUCUCGAAUGACAUUGGCUAAAUGAAAUUGUUUAGAUACAAUUCAAAAUGGCGACUUUGUUAAAUUUAGUCUUUUUUUUUUAAAUACGUUCCGUGUUGAACCUAGAUAACCACUAAACUGAUCUAUAUACUACCUCAUUGGUUUAAAAGUUCGAUUUUCACCAAAAAGAAGCCAAGAAAGUUCUUCAGUCAAAACGCGGAGUUAGGACCUUUCUUACCCAUGACUUUAUUUAUUACAAAUUUAGGUUCAAAUCUGAAUUUUUCAAAAUUAUUUUAUUGGUGGAAAUAUAGAAAUAAAAUCAUUUAGAGUGUUUGUCAAACUCUCUCAAAUAGAAUGAAAUCUAUUAAACGAUUGAGAUGUUUUAGUGUUAGUAGUAUUUUAAGGCGGUUGUUUUUUUUUAUUUUUAUGUGUCAUUAUGCUUAAAUUCUCAUUCUUAAUAAACCAGUAAACGUUACAUUGUAUUAAGUAUUACUGUGUUGUUAUUUUUUUAA